GCGCAGCCCGCAUCGCUGCCAGGCGCUGGCGGAGGCGGCUCGCCCGCAGUCGGUGCUGCCGGGCGUCGGGCGCGGGGCGCGGAGCGGCGACAGCUCGCAGGCUGGCCAUGGCGAGAGGCGCACGGCGGCCACCUGAGUGGCGCGGCGGCGUCAGGUUCUUAAUCAAGAACCAACUCUAUGGAUCCAGGACAGGUUUAUCCCAUGGCCUGCUCUGAACAGCGUGUUGUCCAAUAGAAGAUUCCAUUGGCAAACCGUCUCUGUUGCCUUAUAGAGCAAGCAAAGAAGAUGGAUCGACUGAAGAACCAUCUGCCUGUGUGCUUUCUACCUACUGUGCCCUUUUUAAUCCUAGUAUCCACUCUAGCGGCUGCUAAGAGUGUGACUAAUAGCACUUUAAAUGGCACUGACAUUGUCUUGGGCUCUGUGCCUGUAAUCAUUGCCAGAACUGACCAUAUCAUAGUCAAGGAAGGGAACAGUGCCUUGAUUAAUUGUAGUGUUUUUGGUAUCCCUGAGCCACAAUUCAAGUGGUAUAAUUCCAUUGGCAAGCUGCUGACAGAAGACGAGGAGAAAGGAGGAGGAAAAUGGCAGAUGCAUGACAGCGGCCUCCUGAACAUCACCAAGGUGUCUUUUUCAGACCGAGGUAAAUACACAUGUGUUGCUUCUAACAUCCACGGCACUGUGAACAACACGGUGACCCUGAGAGUCAUCUUUAUCUCUGGAGACAUGGGCGUCUACUACAUGGUCGUCUGCCUUGUGGCCUUCACUGUUGUCAUGGUCCUCAAUAUCACCCGCCUGUGCAUGAUGAGCAGUCACCUGAAGAAGACCGAGAAAGCCAUCAAUGAGUUCUUUAGGACAGAAGGUGCAGAGAAGCUGCAAAAGGCAUUUGAGAUUGCCAAGCGGAUCCCCAUCAUCACCUCAGCCAAAACUCUAGAGCUUGCCAAAGUCACCCAGUUCAAAACCAUGGAGUUUGCACGCUAUAUCGAAGAGCUUGCCAGGAGUGUGCCUCUGCCUCCCCUCAUUAUGAACUGCAGGACCAUCAUGGAGGAAAUCAUGGAGGUGGUCGGGCUUGAGGAGCAGGGGCAGAAUUUUGUGCGGCACACUCCAGAGGGCCAGGAGGCCUCAGACAGGGAUGAGGUUUACACAAUCCCAAACUCCCUGAAGAGAAGUGACUCCCCCACUGCUGACUCGGACGCCUCAUCGCUGCACGAGCAGCCUCAGCAAAUUGCCAUCAAGGUGUCUGUGCACCCACAGUCCAAAAAAGAUCACGUGGAUGACCAAGACGGCGUGCAAUUUGAGGUCAAAGAUGAAGAGGAGACAGAACCGUCAGCCGACCGUUCCCCGGAAACUGCAGAGCCUUCCACAGAUGUAACAUCCACAGAGCUAACGUCUGAAGAGUCAACGCCUAUCGAGGUUUUGGAAUGCCAUGUUCUGCAUGGGCCUUAGUCAAAAGAGCUGUAUACGGAUUAAUAUUAAUCUGCAUGAUUUUCAAAGAAGCCUACAGUCACAGAGUUGGAAAAUCAAUGUGAAGUUAUCUAAUUUACGUAUCUUCUACAAUGUGCCUACAUGUAGUAGUUCAGCUCUGCUUGAAAAUCUCUGACAAACGGGGAACUCGUUCCUCAUGUAGCAGCAUAUUCCAUCGUGGCUGGGUCUUAAGCACUGAGGCAAGAAUUUUAAAAGUGCUACCACACUGGUCCUUGAGCUCCCUGAAGCCAAAAGUGUGAGUUAGUCCUGCCACAAUAAAAUUGUCUUUUUAGUGUCAACACAAAACUAAAAUUGUAAAUGUAUUCAUAUAAAAGGAUUGCAAAAAUGUGGGAUGCUCCUGAUAUGGCUAAUUAACAUGCCAUGUGGCACACACCCUUUUGAGUGAAUGGUUUCUGCCAGUGGGGGGGGUGUUAGAGGCAGAUUUCAGGUGAAUCAGGUGCUCGCCUUCCCAGCCCCUGAGAUGUCCUAAGGCUACAGCUCACUAAAUAAAGGGUGGUUCGGCAGCGAGAAAAAAGCAAAUCAACCAGCAGAUGAAUUGCCUCAUUAUAUUAGUAUACUUUUGAAAGACUAUUAGAACAACUGAAAGAAGUGUAUAUAUACGUUAUUUUCAAAAAACAAAUCUCUACCAGUGGGGUGGGUUUUCUGACAAUUAUUCAUGUUUUAAGAUUCAUUAUGGAAUAGGAGUCCCAGUAAAUUAUGCAAAAAAAAAAAAAUCACUCUAGCAAAAUUAGAGGACUUUUUGUCCAAUGCAGAUGCUCUAUAACAUCUACUUCCUGAAGUUCUCCAUGAUUCCUAUGAAGCUGAUGUGUUAAUAGAGACCCCUGAAGCGAUUGGCACCUCUGGUUUUAGGUCUGAUUGAUUAUUAUGUCUACUGAUGUCACACGCUUCUUCCACCUAGGCAUAUGGCAAGGUGAACAAAAUUCCCCAAAGCUUUAAGAAAAGUCCUUUUUUUUUUUUUAAACUAGGAUUUUAUUUAUUUAUUUUUAAGUUUAUUUGAGAGACACAGAGACUGCGAGAGUGGGGGAGGGGCAGAGAGACAGAAAAGAGAGAAUCCCAAGCUAACAGCUUGUUGCUAACAGCACAGAGCCUGAUGCCAGUCUCGAACCCAUGGAACUGUGAGAUCAUGACCUGAGCCGAAACCAAGAGUUGAACACUUAACCAACUGAGCCACCCACGUGCCCCAAGAAGAUUCCUAAUUCUAACCAUCAAGGUUUUUACACCAAAGGCAAAAAUGACAAGUGUGUCCGGACAAAGAGGUAGGACUCUCUGUCCUAGCUCUACAGAGGGUCCCUAUUGUUGGGUGAUGUUUCCCACGCUCCUCCCUGUUAGCAUUACCUCAGCUGUUCUGCCAGAGGACGAAGUUACUAUGCUUGAAGUAAAAUGCUGUAUUACAAAACAAAUAGAGUCCAUGAAAAAAAGCAUCUACCAUGAAGUAGACACUUAUCAGUUUAACAUAAAAGAAGUAAAUUUCAAUGCCGGUUAUGCUGGAAAUUAUUUUAAAACUGAAACAUUACACAAAUUAUGAUUUGGCAUCAUAUUUAUAGAAAUGUCUUCAUCUGAAGAAGAGAUUUGAAAGUGUUAACACCUUCAAAAAUUGCAGAGGAUUUAAAUACAUUCUAUUUGUAGGAAAUAUGAAAAAUGACAGCUGAUGUGGAGCAUCUGUGAUCAUUAAUUUUUUUAAUGUGCAGAUUAUAAUGUUCCUAAUUUUUUGGUCAUCACAAUAAUUACUGUGAUUGAUGAUACUUCUGAAACCCUGCCAGAUCUUGAAAAAAAAAGUUUAACCCCAAAUUAAAAAUAUAUAUGUAUUAUUCUUGUAUCAUGUUAACUAUUCAUUCCACAAUGAGUUGUAGAUGACUGAGUUAAAUACACUUUACUGUCUGUGAGUCCUUUGAAAUUGGAAAUUGCUAUGUUUCAUACAAGCUCACUAACUGGAUAAUGAGACUACUUUAUUAAUCAGACAGUUUACUCCCAAUCAUUUGGAGUCAAUGAGAGAUUUAUAGUGUGAUUAAAACAGAAAGCUGGAUGAUCUAUAAGUGCUUUUCUUAAUCUGAAGCAAAAAAGUGGAAGACAUUCUGUUUAUAACACAAGAAUAAAACAUUAAUAUGCUAUGCUUCCAAUAGACUGAA